GGUUUAGGGGGCUGGGUUACCUUGCAUUGUCUUUUAGAUCUUGGGUAAUUCUUCUACAAAUUCUUCCCUGUGACCCCCCACCCCUCAUUGUUUGGAGCAAUACGUUGCCAGACCCUUUUGUUUAUUUCGCCCUCCCACUUUCCCCCCGAAGUUGAGCUUUUGCUUUUCAGCGCAUUUGGCAUGAAAGUGGGAACCCGUGGGCAUUACGCUGCUCGGAAGGGGAAAGGGAUAUCCUACAUUAACUUGGGUGCUUCCUUUGACUCAAGGCGUGAAUUGGCAAGAUGGGUUCUGUCUCUAACCAGGAAUUCCCAGGAGUCUGCAAGACCGAAGAGGAUGAAGGACCAAGCACCGAGGAGGACUCGGAAUCUUUCCACGGUGUCGGCGUCUGUAAAUGGUUCAACGUGCGCAUGGGCUUUGGGUUUUUGUCCAUGACCAACCGAGAGGGGGUCCCGCUCGAGUCUCCGGUCGAUGUGUUCGUCCAUCAGAGUAAGCUGCACAUGGAGGGCUUCCGCAGCUUGAAGGAGGGCGAGGCGGUCGAGUUCACUUUCAAGAAGUCAGCCAAAGGCCUGGAGUCCCAGAGAGUCACUGGGCCGGAGGGCACACACUGUGUGGGCAGCGAGAGGAGACCCAAAGGCAAGAGCGUCCAGAAACGCCGCUCCAAAGGAGAUAGGUGCUACAACUGCGGAGGCCUGGACCACCAUGCCAAGGAGUGCAAGUUGCCACCGCAGCCUAAGAAGUGCCAUUUCUGCCAGAGCAUUGCCCACAUGGUUGCCAACUGCCCAAUCAAAGCACAGCAGUCCUCGCCACGUUCUCAGGGAAAGCCCUCCUCCUUGAAAGGAGACGAGGAGGAACACGGCCACUCGCCCCCGUCCCCCGUGAGCUCCGAUUGA